UAUUUAAUUUAGGAUCUUUCACAACUAUUUAUUUAUCUAAAAUUUAUGGUUGUCCCAUCUGAUGUUUGUAUACAUGUUCUUCCCUAUACAUUAUGCUGCUUCCUAAGUCAAUUUCAAGGAUUUUGUUUUUCUAUUCUUCCUGUUAUAAUACAAUUAUGUGCAUCAUAAAGAUAACAUACCAAGCGGAUAUAGUAUGCUUCUACUUAUCCAAUUGUAUUAGUUAUUGUUAUCCUACAAAGGGCUACCAUUAGCACUGUCAUGGUGUGGUGGGGGCCCUGACUGCAACAAUACUUUCCACUGCAUCACAGUUUAUUGUUGCAACCACGAAUAGUGGGAAUAGAGAUGUGAUAGUGCUCCCUCAUCUAUUCCUAUUUUGACUUAACCUCCAUUGUAUAGAAUAAUGGCCAUCCCGUUUUUCUGCUAUAUCGUUUUUGUGGAUGAUCUACUCUGCUAUCCGGGAUUGUUAACAUAUGCUACAUAUUAUCUUAUUUUGUGUUCAAUGUUUCCAUUUUUAUCACCUACUUAUUUUAUUCAUUUUAUAUGGCUACCAAAAUAUAUCAAAUUGCUUGUAUUCAUCCAGGUUGCCACUGGACAAAUUGCCAGCACUGGAAUGGCCCUUCUAAGCUAUGUUCAGAAGGUAUCUGAUAAGGUUUCUCUGGCUACUGAUUUAAUAUGCAACUUCAACUCCAUGUCAAGAGACGUCACUGCUAGCUUUGUGUCGCCUUAGGGGAAAGGUUGAUUCCAAUGGCGUCUGUGCUGCAUUUUUGGAGGAGCGGUUAAACAUGGGUCUGAACUUCAUUCUUUCUGCCGAGGUCAGAGCGCUUUCCUUUGUUCAUAUA